AAAAGUUUUUAAAUUAAGUACCCGCCAUCACUUUGCUUUCCAAAACAAUACAUUAUUCGGAGAGAUAAUUGACCUUAUAUGGUCAUGUGCCCAAGAUCAGUGCUGCUUUCAUGAUCGAAACACACAAACACUCAAAGUUUGAACGUCCACAUAUUAACAUGGUCAAAGUAUCUGUUUGCUUUCUCAUACAAGGGUUUCUACUGUUGCUGUCAUUUGGGCAUGCCUAUGUAAAAUCCAAUGAAAAAUGCACCAUGCUCAAUGAGUGUGCCCAGUUUCAAGGCCGGACGUGGACGAUUAAUAUUUUGAAAUCAAUAAUAAAUAAAAUAUGUUAUAUCAAUUCCGGACAGAUAUCUGUAGGAAAAAGGAUCUACGUAUACUGUCAAAGGCAAGAGAUUUAUAAUCCUUGCCAAUUCGAUGAGAUAUGUAAAAGUCAAUAUAGCUGCCCUUCUUUGGGGCGUCUUCGGGGAACACAAAAAUGGAAAAAAAUAUUAGCGAGCAGGCAAUGCGGCCCUCAUGCUUACUGCUGUCCAAGGCAGGAAUUUCAAGAUUGUCCAGCCGAUGAAAAAUGCACCCGACGGGACAAGUGUCUUCGUAUCCAUAAUACUACGUUGGAAGAUGGGGCCCAUUUACUGGUCAACAGACAGUGUGCCGUCGAUACCGGAGCAGCAGCUUCGGAUAAGCGGCACUACACCUGCUGCCCGGAACCAGGUAACGUUCUACCAAAGUCCUGUGGACAAGCUCCGGCUUCUUACCGAAUGGCAUAUGGCACAGUGGCGAGGCCCAAUAAAUAUCCUUGGAUGGCCAUGCUUAUUUACGAGAAUCGCAGACUGGAGACCUUGACCAACAACUGUAGUGGCUCCCUGAUCAACAAACGCUACGUCCUGACCGCUGCGCACUGUGUGGUCAAGCCUAUUAGUGUGCACCCAGACUUGGUGCUCAGGCGAGUGCGGCUGGGCGAGCAUGACAUCACCACCAAUCCAGACUGCGACCUUAGAGGAAACUGCGCCGCCCCCUUUGUGGAGAUCGGCAUCGAGUAUUUCAAUGUCCAUGAACAAUUUUCCAACACCUCGAGCUUAGAAAGCGAUAUCGCCUUGGUGCGUCUUCAAACGCCAGUUCGAUAUACCCGAGAAAUUCGACCGAUUUGUGUGCCGAGAGAUCCCAUCCCCUUGCAAAAAUCCCGAUUGGAAAUCGCCGGUUGGGGGGCCACGAGCCACGGAACAUUUAGUCAGGUGUUGUUGCGCAACACCGUUUUUGAAAACAAGUAUUACUGCCAAAACAUGAUGCCGUUCUUCCGCAAUGAAUCACAAAUCUGUGCUGUUGGCCUCAAUGGAGAAGACUCCUGUAAGGGCGAUUCCGGAGGUCCCUUGAUGAUAACCCUUAAUAUUCAAUACCGGGAGCACGUAUAUCUGGCCGGUAUCAUUUCAUAUGGAAGUGAGAAUUGUGGAGAUAAAAAACCAGGUGUUUACACAAAGACUGGAGCAUUUUUCUCAUGGAUAAAGGCAAAUUUGAAGCCUUGACGGAAACUCGAAAGAUAAAUGUUUAUAAAAUGUAGACAAGUGUAUGGAAAAUUCAAACAAGGAGGCAGUGAAAUCAA